GCAGCCGCGGGGAAGCUCCGCCCACCGCAGGCUCCUCCGCACACCCUGCGGCCCGCGUAGAGAGGAGGUACGGUCCGCGCGCGCGGGCUAGCAAGGAAAUGAGUACUGCCGUCUCCGGCCGUCGUCGCAGGGCACAAGUCUCUCGCUUGGUCGUCUUCAGCGCGACCCACCGGCUGCACUGCACAUCUCUGAGUAAUGAAGAAAACCUAAAACUGUUUGGGAAAUGUAACAAUCCAAAUGGUCAUGGGCACAAUUACAAAGUUGUGGUGACAGUACAUGGAGAGAUUGAUCCUGUUACAGGAAUGGUUAUGAAUUUGACUGACCUCAAAGGGUAUAUGGAGGAGGCAAUUAUGAAGCCCCUUGAUCAUAAGAAUCUGGAUCUGGAUGUGCCAUACUUUGCAGAUGUUGUAAGCACGACAGAAAAUGUAGCCGUAUAUAUCUGGGAAAAUCUCCAGAAAUUUCUUCCUGUGGGAGUUCUUUAUAAAGUAAAAGUAUAUGAAACUGACAACAAUAUUGUAGCCUAUAAAGGAGAAUAGACUUUAGGGGUUAAAAUACUAUAGGAAAAUUUAAUUUCUUUCCAAAUUUGAAAAGUGUCUUUAUCUCCUUGGGCUAUUAAGAAGUUAUCACAUAAUUAUUGCACUUCCACAUUGUACUCUGGAGUGCCUCAUUUAUUGAAAUCAUUGUGAGUAAAACUUGUUUAAAUUCAAAUGUAUUUUAAAACCAAAUAUGUUAAUUUAUCCUGAGUAUUGUUUAGAGAGUCUGUUUUGUACAGAUUAAAAAUCACUUCAUUUCAGCCCUGACCGGUGUGUGGCUUGGUUGGACAUUCUUCCACAAAGGAAAAGGUCACCAAUUCUAUUCCAGUCAGGACACAUGCCCGUGCUGCGUGUUUGGUUUCUGGUUGGGGUGCUUGUGAGAGACAACUGACUGCUCAGUGUUUCUCUCCCUCUCUUUCUCCCAACCUCCCCUCUCUAAUAAUUUUUUUAAAAAGUCACUUCAUUUCAGCAAAAUGUUUUGGUGUAUAACUGUUUGAAAGAAGAAACAAUCUAUUUUUGUUAUUUUAUUAUCUCAUCUUUAGUAUUCAUUGUUUUUUGUUCUAAUAUAAAUAACAGAGGUGUUUAUAAGACUUAUAAUAGAUGAAUCUUCUAAAAAAUUAAAAGGUGUAACCACAAAGUCUGGAAACAGAUUUCUUAAUAGAUUGAACUCUCUGGUUACUUCUUUUAAGAUACGCUAUAGGCACAAAUUUAUUCAGUGAAAAUUAGAAACACCAAUCAUAUGAGGCAAUACAUUGUGGGUGGACGUAUAGGAUUUGUGGAAAUGCUGUCUCAGUGCACAUUGUUCACUGCAGCUUUGCGUAGCUUAUUAUUGAAAUAUGCCUUCCUAGUGAGGAAUAGCACAUUGAGCAUCUCAUAGAGUAUCAGUAAACUUAUUAUUAUGGAUAUUUGUUUAUGUUUCCAAACUUUAUGGGGGACAUGAACAAUUUUAACUCAGAAGACAAAGCAGGGACCACAGAUCUCCUUGUUGUUACUAUCAUGUUAAUUAUCAACUGUUAACUCGCUAUACCCACCUUUGUAAAAGAAGUGUGUGUUUCACUUGUUAUCCAUUCCCAGAGAUCUCCCUGCUCUGAUUUCUCCCUCCUCCUAAUGCAUCAGCAAUGAAUUUCGUGUAACCCCAGUAUGUGUCCUCCUCUGAUUGUAAUGUAUAAAAUAAAGUGCAAAACUGUCAUUUUCUGGA